AUGGGUCCAACUCCUAGAUGUGUAAUUGUUAGACAUGGCCAGACUGAAUGGUCGAAAUCCGGUCAGUAUACUGGGUUGACUGAUUUACCUUUGACGCCUUAUGGUGUGGGUCAAAUGAAGAGAACUGCUUCUUCGAUUUAUGCCAACAACUUCAUCGAUCCAACCCACAUCACCUACGUGUUCACUUCUCCAAGAACUAGGGCUAGACAGACUGUGGAAUUGAUGUUGGCUCCAUUGACUGCUGAACAAAGAUCCAAGAUUAAAGUUGUUGUCGAUGACGAUUUGAGAGAAUGGGAAUACGGUGACUACGAAGGUUUGUUGACUCAUGAAAUCAUCGAGUUGAGAAAAUCCCGUGGUUUGGACCAAGAACGUCCUUGGAAUAUUUGGAGAGAUGGUUGCGAGAACGGUGAGACAACUCAAGAGAUUGGUUUACGUUUGUCUAGAGCCCUUGCAAGAAUUCAAAACUUGCACCGUCAACACCAGGCUCAAGGAAUCGCAUCCGAUAUUAUGGUGUUUGCCCAUGGCCAUGCUCUACGUUAUUUCGCAGCCUUGUGGUUUACUCCAGGCGUCAUCAAAAAUUGUGAGACCGAACAUGAGAAGGCUCAACCAAAAUCUUACGAUGACGAUUCAGUGCCAUACGUUGCGUUGGAUAAGUACAAAUACUUGAAUGACAACCCCAACUUUUUGUUGGACGCUGGUGGUAUCGGUGUCUUAUCUUACUCACACCACAACAUCGAUGAGCCUGCUUUGGCUUUGGCCGGUGCAUUCGUUCCACCACCGGAGGAAGAAUCACAGCAUGGAGACGUUAAAUAG